AUGCCCCGCGACUUGAUUUCCAAGGCCAAGGUAGAUGACCUGGGCAUGAUCCACCUACCUCGGAAUCAUGCCUGGGUUACGCCGUGGAACCCUGCCAUUGCAAGCUGUAUCCGUUCAAAUCACGAUAUAUCGUGGAUCCCAACGGUCUCCAAAUGCUUGUCGCUGCUCUACUAUAUCACCAACUACGCCACGAAGGACGACGUCUCUCCGCUGCAGCUAGUAUUAAAAGCGGCUCUGCUCAAGAAAUCCAUUGACUGCGCAAAAACUACAGAGUCGCCAACAGCAACAGACUUGCGCCUGCGUGAAAAGGGCAUGGACAGCUUUGCACUCCGUUGCUUCAACGCCCUUUCGCAUGACCGUGAGGUCAGUGGCGUCCAAGUCGCCAGCACUUUACUCCAGCUCCCCUCUUAUUACACGGGUAAUUAUAAUUUCACGCGAAUCAAUCUGUGGUGGUUAAAGAGGCAUGUGCGCGCCGUCAUUCAACCUAACGAAACCGAUGCUUCCUCGGAUCCGAUGGCAGAAGAACCAUGCACGUUCGAUAAUGACACGGCUCCUGCUAGCAUAUUUGAUAACUAUAAAUGGCGCGGUCCACACUUGACUUCCUUGUCACUUUUUGAAUACGGCAUGCUCGUGCGCACGAAGAGCCUAGGGGACUCCUUCGCGACCGAUUUUGACUUCGAUACCGUUCACCCAAGAUAUGGCACACACCUACAGCGCGUUGCUCGCACGCCAACGGCCGAAGAUACGGUUCCCGGCGGGAACCCAACAACAACUGCAAUUGCAAAUGACGUCGCCGAGAUCUUGCUCGGUCUGUUUGUUCCCUGGCAGCAAUUAGCAGCACACUUCGAACACCAUGCUGCUGCGGCCGCUGUAAAACGAGAUGUCUGCGCUCAAGUCUGGGCGACCGCAGAGCCGAUGCUCAUGCCGCAUAAUCGAAAUUUUGCGAGAAACGUUGAGCUGUUACGGAAGUCCAAGGAGGACUGUCGGGCUGAUGCCGAGUUACGGAAGAGGUCGGGUUGUGCCUCCCGCCAUUUCGGUCGCGAUAUUGAUGACCUGGAACUAACAGAACUGGACACGGACAAUGGGGAACCCUUCCAAGGUGUAGACGAGACCUUUAAUGCAGACACUUUAAUUGCUGCGUUCCACACGAUCUGCAGAUCAUGGAGCCGUGAAACCCUCGCCACAGCAGGACACAUCUCUGUACUACGGCAUGGAUUCGCAUCCACUCAGAACUUGCGCUUACAAAACCUUCAACCUCUCAACAUCUGCAAUGCUGACGCAUGGAAAGCCCCAGGCCUCAGAUUUCUCCCGCCAUCCACCCUCCAGGAUUGGUAA